AUGUCAGACGCGGUGACUUCACAGGCUAGCAGGUCCAACACUAAAAAUGACAUCGGGUGGAAAUAUUGCCAUGCACCAAAUGAUAGUGAUACAAACACAGCUGUUUGUAAUUAUUGCGCGAAAAUUAUGAAUGGAGGAAUAACAAGGGCCAAGAACCAUUUGAUGGGAAGAAAGGGAGAUGUUGCAGCAUGCAAAAAAUGUCCGACAGAAGUUCGAGAAGAACUUUGGGCUUAUGUGAAGGAAAAAGAAAAUACCGGACCUGGUGAUAGCAAGUAUGUUUCACUUGACGAUAGUGAUGAUGACACUUCCUUACCACCUUCUAGAAAGAAUGUUGCUGAGUUGAAAGGUCUGAUGGAUCUAUUUUGCCGAAAGCCAGAGACUGCUAUUGGCAAGAGGAAGAAAGAAAAACUAAAACAAGUUAGCAUAAGAGAGGCUUGUGACAAAGAAGCAACGGCUAGGGUCCAUGAACUUAUUGCUCGCUUUUGGUAUCACGGCAACUUGUCAUUCAAUCUUGUCAAACAUCCAUGCUUAGGAACUAUGGUUGCUGGUAUUGGUUCCUUUGGCCCACAUUUGCAAACUCCGAGCCCCCACGAGAUGAGAGUUCCACUCUUAAAUAAUGAAGUGGAUUACACCAAGAACUUGAUGAGUCAUCACGGGGCGGAGUGGAAGAGGAUUGGUUGCUCUGUUAUGUUUGAUGCUUGGACAGAUAGUAAGCAAAGAUGCAUCGUUAAUUUCUUGGUGAACUCGCAAGCGGGUACUAUGUUUGUGAAGUCCAUGGAUGCUUCCGACUUUGAUAAGACGGGACAAAAAUUAUUUGAACUUCUUGAUUCUCCAGUGCAGGAGAUUGGGGAGGAAAAUGUUGUCCAAGUUAUCACGGAUAAUGGGAGUAAUUAUGUGGACGCGGGUAAGUUGUUGGAGGACAACAGACCACAUCUUUAUUGGACUCCUUGUGCGGCUCAUUGCAUUGAUUUAAUGCUUGAAGACAUCGGGAAGCUUCCUUUGAUUAGGAAAACCAUCAAAAGUGGGAUCUUCCUUGUGGGGUUUAUCUAUGCCCACUCGAGUACCUUGAGUUUGUUGAGACAUUUCACAAACAAAAGGGAAAUGGUGAAACAUGUCGUCACCCGGUUUGCUACAUCAUUCCUCUCUUUAGAAAGACUCCAUCAAGAGAAGUCAAAUCUCCGAAGGAUGUUUACUUCGGAGGAGUGGAACAAGAACAAAUUUUCGAAGGAUGCCAAGGGAAGGGAAGCGAUGAGAGUUGUGCUUCGGCCUUCUUAUUGGAACAAUGUGGUUUGCACUCUCAAAGUCAUGGCUCUUUUUGUUCGAGGGCUUCGCCUUGUGGAUGGUGAAAAAAACCCGACAAUGGGCUACAUUUAUGAAGCAAUGGAUAAGGCAAAGGAAGCAAUUAUGACGUCUUUCAGUAACGGUGAAAGAAAAUACAAGGAUGUGUUUGAAGUUAUUGAUAAAAUGUGGAAUUUGCAACUUCAUCGUCCUUUGCAUGUGGCCGCCCACUUUUUAAAUUCGGAGUUCUUUUUAAGAACCUCGAAAUGGAGUAUGACUUGGAGAUUAGCAGUGGAUUCAUGGAGUGCAUUAAGAGGGAGAGGGAAGGAGAAAGUGGUUGAAGAUGAGGAAGUGGAGUUUGAAGAUCAAGAUGAUGAAUCUCAAAAAGAAGAAGAUUUUGUGGAUUUGGAGGAUUCUGAUGGAGAAGAGGAAGAGGGAGAUGCUUUACUUAACGAUAACAUGGAAAAUGAUUAUGUUGGGCUUGAGGAGGAGGAUUAA